GGAGAAGUAAAAAAUCUCAGAGGCCGCUCACGUGUUCGCAAGCCUGGAUUGUCUCGUUCUCUCUCUUCUCUCAAAACAGCCUUAAAAACCCCCCAAACUCGCACUGUCAGAGAACCAAAAGACCCACACAUUUUCACCGGAAUUAUGAAAAUGGCGCCUAGGGUUUCGAUUUGCUUCGCGGUGUUCGCUGUGUGUCUCUUCGCCUCGUCUCUGACAAGGAUCGGUGCCGAGGAAUCGGAAGCGGAAUCAAAGGAGUUCGUGCUCACCUUGGACCACUCGAACUUCUCCGAAACGGUCAGCAAGCACGACUUCAUCGUCGUCGAGUUCUACGCCCCAUGGUGUGGCCACUGUAAGAAGCUUGCUCCAGAGUACGAGAAAGCUGCAUCCAUAUUGAGCCAGAAUGACCCUCCAAUUUUUCUAGCAAAAGUUGAUGCUAAUGAAGAGGCAAAUAAAGAAAUUGCUACCGAAUUUGAGGUUAGGGGUUUCCCCACCAUUAAGAUUUUUAGAAAUGGAGGAAAGAUUUCUUCAGAGUACAAAGGUCCACGUGAGGCAGAUGGUAUUGUUGAUUAUCUGAAGAAACAAAGUGGUCCUGCAUCUGCUGAAAUAAAAUCCGUGGAAGAUGCUAAUAGUCUUAUUGAUGCCAAGAAGAUAGUCAUUGUUGGGGUAUUUCCAAAAUUCUCUGGUGAGGAGUUUGUGAACUUCACAUCUGUUGCAGAGACAUUGCGUUCGGACUACGAAUUUGGUCACACUUUGGAUGCCAAACACAUUCCACGCGGGGAAUCAUCAGUGACUGGUCCCAUAGUUAGGCUGCUCAAGCCAUUUGACGAACUUUUUGUUGAUUUCCAGGAUUUCCAUGUGGAUGCUUUAGAGAAAUUUGUUGAAGAAUCUAGUGUUCCUACUUUGACUUUCUUUAAUAGUGAUCCGAACAAUCAUCCUUAUGUUAUUAAAUUCUUUAACAAUAAGAAUGCGAAGGCUAUGUUGUUCCUGAACUUGAGCAGUGAAGUUGCUGAUUCUUUUACUUCAAAAUAUCGUGAAGUUGCUGAGCAAUAUAAAAGAGAGGGGAUAAGUUUUCUGAUUGGAGAUCUGGAAGCUAGUCAAGGUGCCUUCCAGUAUUUUGGUCUAAAAGAAGAUCAAGUGCCUGUAAUCGUCAUCCAGAAGACCGAUGGGCAAAAAUAUUUGAAAGCAAACUUGGAGGCUGAUCAGAUUUCACCUUGGAUCAAGGAAUACAAGGAUGGCAAAGUCCCACCACAUAAGAAGUCGGAACCUAUUCCUGAAGCUAACAACGAGCCUGUGAAAGUUGUUGUUGCUGACAGCCUCCAGGAUAUAGUUUUCAACUCUGGAAAGAAUGUUCUGAUAGAGUUUUACGCACCUUGGUGUGGACACUGCAAAAAGUUGGCUCCAAUCCUUGAUGAAGUGGCUGUCUCAUAUGAAAGUGACGCUGAUGUUAUAAUUGCAAAGCUUGAUGCAACUGCAAAUGAUAUCCCGAGUGAUGCAUUCGAUGUCAAAGGUUACCCAACCUUGUACUUCAAUUCAGCAAGUGGAAAGCUGUUGGAAUUUGAUGGUGGCAGGUCCAAGGAAGACAUCAUAAAUUAUAUUGAAAAGAAUCGGGAUAAGCCUACCCCACAAGAGGCAUCAAAAGAUGAACUCUAAAGGAGGAAGGACCCUUUUCACUCAAGAGGAUACAGACAUACACAGUUUCAAUGGCUCUUAUACUUGGAACAGUAGCCUGAUCUCCCUCCCUUGCUAGUCUCCUGCUUUUUCUCCAAAAUUCUGUUUCGUUGAAUAAAAUGUGAGGAACCUUUUGGUGUUUGUAGCUGUGGAGUAGUUUUUUGGAGUAGCCUAGUUUAUAUUGUAACAGUUUUGUGGUUUUAGAAUAACCUUUCAGUAAGUUCAAUUAGAAAGGAUAAUUUUAAGUUCA